GGCCGGACAGUAUCGCGAGCGCUGGCGCGAAAGCAUGCGGCGCGAGCCUCGUCGAGUACAACACGCUCAUUCGCGCUCGCGGCGCAUCGCACGUCGCACCGACCAGCAGCUUUCAUCGAUUCGUUCGCCUCCUCACCCACGAGGGAGAACGUCGCGGAGCGAUUUUCAUCGAGAUCGCGGCAGAAUAACGCGAUAGAUCUGAUUCAAGCCGACGUACACAAGCUUGGUUGGUUGAAUUCCUCUUCGCGGCAAGCGAUCGAACGGAAACACCAAGAUUUCGCAGCAGACAUGAUCGAAUGAUGGAGGUGAUUUCGACACGUCGAUACGAGGCCCGUCCACCGGCGAACACCCACUCCUCCAUUCUCGUUGACCCUGAGAAUUCCGUGGCAUUAAUCAAAGAAGAGGAAUGGGAGACCCGCAAGAAGAAGGAGAUCACCACCACGCGGCAGAUCGAGACCCGGGUGAAGCGGCAGGUCGUCCUCGAGGACGGCGAGGUCGUCGUAGACUCUGGACCCCUCGUCACUACCAACACGACCGAAGAUGUUGAGCAGCAGGAACACACAACGCAGGAGAGACGCACGACCGGGGAUCAGCCUCAGGAGGUCGAGUGGUCGACGGCAGGUGGUAUUGUGGCCGGAAAUGGCGGCAACAUCGUGCAAAAGGAGUCGAACGAGACGGUGGUGAGGAGCCGCGAGGAGAUCGAGGAAAGACUCGAGACGGAGGAUCGUCAACAGUUGGGAGAUAUCUCGGACGAGGCGUAUCAGAAGGCGGUGCGCAGCAAUAGAGGCGACUUGCGAGCCGCUCUUGCGGAAUCUUCCAAACAGUUGACGCUGCAAUCCGGUCCGCGGGUCAUUCAGCACACGACUAGGUCAAACAAGGUUAUCGACACCGAGAAGACCUUGGAGAAAAAGGAACUGAAGGCUGACGGGCUGAUCGUUACCGAGAAGAAGCGCACGGUCGAGCACGAGGAGAUUAACGACGACGAAGUCCCGGACGACGGACAGAAGGACGACGAGGCCUCCGAGACGAAGAAGGAGAGCUCCCAGAGGUACGUCAAGAGGAGAGAAGAGGACGUAGUGGAUUAUAUCUCGGCCGGCGAGAGAGUCGGCCGAGAAAUGCGCUACGUCGCAGAGACAACCGAAGGAGAACGAAUAGGCGACUGGUCACCAUCACCGACGGGUAUGCGGACGACUCGUCUUCACAAAUAUUCUGGUUUUCCGGAUGGUACAUCCGCCGCCCGGAAAGAUGCCCUGACGAAGAAGCCGCUAGACCUGGAAGAAGAGGACGAGGCGAGAAAAUUCGAGACGUCCAAGUGGCUGGAGAGCCACUUCGGUAGCGACUCGCGUUCUUCCCACGGGUCUCUCGAUGACGUUCCUCUUCCACCUAGCACGAACACGAGUUACAUCAAUGUCACCAUGAAGUCCUGUACACCGAAGGAACGGGAAUAUCAGAACAUGAACUCCAGCCGCCGACGUGCCACCGGCCGGGAUUCCGAGUCGCCAUCGGGAUAUUUUCACGGGAUCAGCGAAUGGUCGGAACGAUAUCAAACGGGAAGAGAGAAGCAAAAUCAUGCGCGAUCGGGAUCUCCGGUCCGGUACGCGGAGUCUCCGCGUACGAACGGGCAGAAGAGAAAUCAAGUCGAGUCCUCGUAUUCGAAAACUUACGAGACUUUCCGACGGGAGUACCAGGACCCCGUCGAGGAACGGCAACGUACGCCUUCACCACCGAUUCGUCGAAGAUCAAAGGAGCAAUGGGCAAAAUCCGAGGAAAAGACCGGCUCGAACGAGCCACCAUCGGGCCGCACUUCGAGCCCGGUGCACGUGGUGCAGAGAACAUGGGAGAGUCGCAGUCGCGAUGGACCAACUCCUGAACGCGACAAUCACAAGCACAGUUCGCCACAAUCGACCUCGCCGAAAUUACCGACGGUCAGCCGCAACGAGAAGAAACCAAACACUUCGAGCGCUCCGCGAGCGUCGAAGAGUAGCGGCUACUCCAAGUACAAGAUCGGCGAGUCUUUUCGGAAGCUGGUGGGCAAACUGCGCUCGGCCAGCACAGAGAGGAGGAACAAGCGCGCGAGCAGCGGCUCGACCUCGCAACUGACACAGACCGACGACAAUGGGCCGACGUACAUGCAGUACAACGUGAUCGACCGGAACAUACCUCUCGUGAGCGAGAAGGACGUGGCGGGAGAGAAGCCGCCGGAGAGACCGCCGCGGAAUGCCGGUGUGUCAGGCGGCAGGACUGUGGUGGUCCAACGCAGCGAAUCGACGCCGCCUUUGCAGAGGUACUACCUGGGCGAGGACCCCUUCGGCGGCAGCAUCUACGGCCGCGAGAAGGGAUACGAGGACGGUAGGGACCGGCGACACGGAAGACCGCGUAAAAUUGCCGUAGAUUCCGAGCACAGCGUGACUUCCAGUUCGCUCGGCAGGUUUAGCAAGUCCACCGGCAGACUGGCGGCCGGCGAUCACGAGCGGGAGGAGCAUUUCCGUUCCACGCAGACCUUGCCGCGGAAUUUGCACACCGGACGGUCGGUCCGCUCAAAAACCACCAGCAGGCGACACGAGCAACAUCACGCGAACAUCAGCAGGCACGGAGCGCCCGGCAGGACCGGCCAGCACGGCAGCAUGAUUAACAUAUCGAUAAAGAACACGGUGACGUCGUCCCCCAAAGUCGCCGCGUACAGCACCCUUCAAGCGCCCCCGAAACCCGAGCGGACCUAUCGCUCGUCGUUGUCGCGUAGCAAGAGUUUCAACGUCGAGGCCGAUAAGCCACCGCCGGCCCCCUACACCUCCAAUCUGCACCUGAACCGCCUGAACGAGACACCGCCGCUCAAAAGUCCCGGUAUCCUCGCCAGCAUCAGCCGCAGUAACAGGGACCUCUUGAGAGACGGUAAAUACUGACCUGCGCUUUGUUCGACAUUCGAACUGCCUCGGAGACUGUCAUCGUUCAUCCUCCCCUCGAGACGUCCCCUCCGAAGCGGCUCGCGGAGUGUGUACGAAGCUGCCGGCUGAAUUUAGUUAAUUCAUGAACGUUUCCUUUUUUUCUUUUCCACGUGUCUUACAUGUACCAUACGCAUUUUGGUAAAUCGUUAUUGAUCCUCGUGAGAGGAAAGACAUGAGCGAAUCGACCUAGACACACACACACACACACACACACACACAGUAUCACGUUCUACUUUACAACAUCGGGGUACUUGUCAAACAAUUCAAAGCGUGAGUCGUUUUUCGGCGACAGUCGACCUCGAACGCGAAACAGUAAUCAUUGAGGAAAUACCGAGCACUCGAGACACCCUGUAUAUGUGUAAUUGUUAAAAAUGUGACGUGGUUAUUAUUUAUGUUUUUCAUUAUGUUAAUCCGCAAUAACAUAAUUCAAUUUACGUA